AUGGGAAGGUGCCGAGCGGGUGGUAACCGAUCUGAACUGCCCGAUUCAUACGCCCCACCUUCCAUUGUGUUAAUCUCAGGCUUGGGUGGCAUCUUCCUCAGCUCUGUUCUUUUUCUCCUCCAUCGUCACAUCAACACCCUCUCAAAGACACCAGAAAUACGCCGCAAAGACGCCUGCCUGUCCAUCAUCACCAUGUCGCAAGCUCCUUCGCAGCCGCAGCCGCAGCCGCAGCCGCUGUCGCUGUCGCCGGACCUUGCUGCCCGGAUCGCCCGCGCUACCACUACUGCCGAGCUCGCCCGCGCUGCCAAAACCGAUGGGCCAGAAAAGUUCUGGCCUGAGCUUGUGCCAGAGCUUAAUCUCUUUGCCGGCUUUGGAGAGGAUGGAUACUGGGACUUUCGAAUUGAAGGCUCAGCCGACGCCAACCUUAUGAAUGCCAUGACACCCUGUGAUGUUUGUCCUGGCGCUAUGCUGUACCAUGGGACCAAGGAUGGCAUCUACAAGGCUUGUCUCACUGUCUCAUUCCUCUCCAAUGCCAAACAUGUCUUUUCAAAGAUCCUCGAUGUCUCUCAACGUUCCGACAUCUCCAGCCGCACAGCAAAUCUCCGCCUUCGUGUCGCCGAUACUCACGAAUACGAUGAACCAAGAGACUACUCUUCAACCUACCCCGUCGACUCGUCAGGCCCACUUGCGGUCUUUCUUCUGCCCUACAGAGAAGAAAGAGAGGCUACAAUCCGUGGCUACGUGGUGGAAAAGAAGGCACUUGUUUUAGAGGCGGUGGGUGGUGGAGGAAACAACUGGGGGUGUCAACUUGGCCUCAUCAAAACCUCUCAGAUGAAUGGCAAAGGGCAGCACGUUUUCUUCGGUCCUUUGGAGGAUGACUGA